AUGUUUUUUUUUAUUUUAUUUUUCCUUCUUUCUUUCUUUCUUUCUUUGUUUCUCUCUUUCUCUGUCUCUUUCAUUAUUUCUUUGUCACUUUCUCUCUGUCUAUCCCUGUUUCUUUGUUUCUUUCUCUUUAUUUUGGUUCUCUCUUUCCUCAUCCCUUAUCUCACUAUCCUAUUCUCUUCCUUCUUUUUUCGCUUUCUCUUUCGUUCUUUCUUUCUUUCUCCCGAUUUCUUCAUUUUCUCUGUCUCUUUCUCUGUUUCUUGCGAUAUCUGUUCAUUCUCUUUCUUUCUUUCUUUUUUCUUUCACUUUUUCAAUACUGCAUUUCUCUUUUUCUUUCUUUCUUUCUUUCUCUCACUUUUCAAUACUUUGUUUCUUUCUUUUUUUUUAUGCUUUUUUUUCUUUCUUUUCUUUUUUUCUUUUUCUUUUGCAUUUUUCUUUUUUUCUAUUUUUCUUUUUUUCUUUUUUUUUUUUUGGAAUUUUUUCAAUACUGUAUUUCUCUUUUUCUUUCUUUCUUUCUUUCUUUCUUUCACUUUUCAAUACUCUGUCUCUCUUUUUCUUUCUUUCUUUCUUUCUUUCUUUCUUCCGUUCUCUCACUUUUUUAAUACUCUGUUUCUCUUUUUCCUGCUUUCUUUCUUUCUUUCUUUCUUUCUUUCUUUCUUUCUUUCUUUCUUUCUUUCCCGCUCUUUCUUUCUUUCGUUUUUUCUUUCUCUGUCUCUUUCCUUUCACUCUACAGUCUUUUCCUUUCCUUUCCUUUUCUUUCCUUUCUUUCUCCGUUCAGUACACACUUUCUGUCUGCCUGUCUUUCUCUCUCUCUCUCUCUCUCUCUCUCUCUCUCUCUCUCUCUCUCUCUCUCAUUUUCUCAUACACACACACACACUUUGA